CAAGGUUCCCCCAUACUUACCUCAUUACCUGCGUUUCUAUCUGACCACCGUUGGAUCGUCUCCCCCAAGUCGUCUCCGGUGGUCCGCACCACAGUUUUCUACAUAAGCUCUCUGCGUCCAGUCCAUCAUCUCCGGAUUUGCAUCGGCGCACUUCUUCCAAAUCAUACCCGUCUGUUCUGAAUCUCGCCCCCGGUAAAAUCCCCACAGCGCCGGAGCCUGUGCGUGCCCCCGUUGUUUACCGGCCGUUGACCUGUUUCCGGUGUGCGAUUUCCGAUUCUAUCCAGGUUUGGCGAUUCUGCUUGCCGAUUACAAACUUUUGAAAUUUAACCUAAAAAUAGGAAUGUCGCCGGGGUCUCACUUUAAUCAGCAAGGAUCUCCGAAAAUGCUUCCACCGCGCCAGCAACCACGGCCUGGUGGUUUACAGACCAAUUUAUCCUUGGUCACUUCAGAUGCUUGUGGGUCUCCUAAUCUUCAAGAGCUGGGCUCGAAUUCAGAUCAGAUUCGGGAAUCCCCAUCUGAAAGUGCUAGCUCUCGUGAAACCUGGCCUGCAGCUGAUGCUUUGGCGGGGAAGAAGAUGGAGAAGGAGAAAGAGAACGGAUUUGCAGAGAAUUGUGUCCUGCGCCAUUUAUCAAGCUCUGAUAAAAUGUCUCUUCAAGAUGUCGCCCGAGAACGGGUGGAUGUAAUAGCAGAUAGAAUGCAACAUCUUCCAGAUGAGUAUCUGGAGAAGUUAAAAGUUGAACUCCGGGCUUUUCUGGAAGGACUAGGUGGUUCUCAGCAUAGAGAUGAGUUCAUUUUUUUGCAGAAACUAGUUCAGAAUAGGGGUGAUCUGACUGACAAAACAAUGAUUAUGGCUCACAGAGCACAGCUAGAAAUACUCGUCGCUAUUAAGACUGGGAUUCAAGCAUUUCUACACCCCAGUGUUAGCCUCUCACAAGCUUCCCUGAUUGAUAUUUUCUUGUACAAGAGAUGUAGAAACAUAGCUUGUGGGAGUACCCUUCCAGCCGAGGAUUGUUCUUGUGAUGUUUGCUCCAAGAGAAAUGGUUUCUGCAACCUUUGCAUGUGUGUGAUCUGUAACAAGUUUGAUUUUGAGGUGAAUACAUGCCGAUGGAUUGGUUGUGAUCAAUGUUCACACUGGACACACACCGAUUGUGCUAUUCGUAAUGGGCUGGUUGGGAUGGGCCCUUCUCUUAAGAAUGGCUCGGCCGAAAUGAUUUUUAGGUGCCGAGCUUGCAACAGGACUUCUGAGUUAUUGGGUUGGGUCAGAGAUGUUUUCCAGCACUGUGCACCAACCUGGGAGAGGGAAGCUUUUAUAAGAGAAUUUGAUUACGUUAGUAGAAUUUUCCGAGGAAGUGAGGAUCCAAGAGGCCAGAAAUUGUUUUUGAAGUGUGAGGAACUUAUAGGAAAGCUGAAAAGUGGUGCAGCUGAAUCUGUGGCUUGCAAAGUUAUUUUAUCCUUCUUCCAAGAGAUCGAGGUCGAUUCAUCCAAGCUUCAAGAAGUAGACGAAGUUGGGCAUCUGAUAGCUCCCCAGGAAGCAUUCACCAAGAUUGCUGAUGUUGUGCAAGAAGCCAUCAGAAAGAUGGAAAUGGUCGCGGAAGAGAAGAUGAGAAUGGUAAAGAAAGCCCGUUUGGCCUAUGAGGCAUCCGACCAGGAGCUAAAGGACAAAGCCAGGGAAGUGACUGCCCUAAAGAUGGACAGGCAGCGAAAGAAGCAACAGAUCGACGAGCUGGAGAGCAUUGUGAGGCUUAAACAGGCAGAGGCUGAAAUGUUUGAUCUGAAAGCCAGUGAAGCGAGACGAGAAGCUGAUAGGCUACAGAGGAUUGCGCUUGCCAAGACUGACAAGUCCGAAGAGGACUACACCAGCAGGUAUCUCAAGCAAAGGAUGAGCGAAGCCGAAGCCGAGAAACAGUAUUUGUUUCAGAAAAUCAAACUCGAGGGGAGUUCGCGGGCGGCUUCGCACAGUGGCGCGGCGGCUGGGGCACCCGACCCUUCGCAGGUGAUGAUGUAUUCCAAGAUUCAAGAUUUGCUCAAGAACAUGUAAGAUUUAUAUAUUUUGUAUGACAUUUGACAUGCUUCCUUCUAUAAUUUUGUGUAAUACUACCCAUUGUUAUGUUGUUUAUUAUUCAUGAUUUGGACUUGAAAACUAUACAUUUUGAGUGUUAUCAUUAGUGCAACUAUCUACUUGCGAGUAGAGAUAAAGUCUGCAUACACAG